AAUCUUCCUCCCACAAAUAAUUCAGUCAAACAUCAGUCAAACGACACGUGUCCAACUGCCAUUCAUCAUCCCUUGUUUUCUUCCCUGCAAAAACCCAUUCCGAAAUGGCCAAAACCCUAAAUAGAUUCCCCCCCUCCAAAUUUCCUUUUUCAAAAAGUUUCCUAACAAUUAAUCAAUGAACAUAUCUCUUACCUUCUUCCCCAUUUUCACCUGAGAAACCAAAUCAUGCCGUCCUCCGCCGCAUUUCUCAUUUCUUCACUCCUCCUCCUGCUGUUACUCCACCGUACGGCGUCGCUCUCAAGCUCCGGCCCUCACAUCGCCGAUGUCAACAUACUCCUGCCUCCCAAGAUGACCCACCCCGUUGAAUACCGUCUUCAAGGCAGCGACGGCUGCUUCAAAUGGUCUUGGGACCAUCAUGAUAUAUUGUCGGUCUUGCCGGAGUUCAAUUCGAGUAGCCACUGUUCGACGAGUGCUCGAUUGAAGUCCAUUGCACCUUAUGGCGGGCGGAAGGAGACGGCUGUUUAUGCUACUGAUUCAAACACCGGGACGGUGAUUCGUUGCAAGGUUUAUAUCGAUACAAUCUCUAGGAUUCAGAUAUUUCACAACUCGAUUAAGCUUGAUCUUGAUGGGCUCGCUACGUUGCGCGUACGUGCCUUUGAUAGUGAAGAUAAUGUCUUCUCCUCCUUGGUGGGCCUGCAAUUCAUGUGGCGGUUGAUGCCUGAAAACCACGAGUUGCCUCAUAACCUUGUCCACGUUCCUUUAAAAGACUCUCCGUUGAGUGAUUGUGGCGGCUUGUUCGGUGAUUUGGACAUCCAAGUAAAUCUUGAAGAAAGUGGUGUCUUUUCAGAUCUGUAUGUAGUAAAAGGCACUGAAAUCGGCCACGAAAUUGUUUCCGUUAAUCUGCUAGAAUCAUCAGUGAAGAAAUUGGAAGACGAGAUUACUUUGACAGUUGCAGAAGCAAUGUCUUUAGAUCCUCCAUCACCUGUGUAUGUCCUCAUAGGUGCUGUUGUCCGUUAUACCCUUAAAGUUAUCCGUAAUAACAGGCCGCAUGUUGUAAGUUUACCAUCUCCAUUCCAUCAGUGGUCCUCUUUGAAUUCUUCAAUUGCUGAGGUGGACGGAGAAGCGGGUACAGCUAGUGCACUCGACUUGGGGGUAACCACAGUUAUUGUUGAAGACACUCGAGUUGUUGGACACAUGCAAAUAUCAUCUCUCCAUGUUGUCUUACCAGAUAAUCUGUUGUUAUUUCUGUCACCAUUCUCCCUUUCUGGUGAUUAUAUUGACGGUGUCGAGCCUAUUUCCUCUGUUUCACGUUGGUAUGUAGUGGCUGGCCGACAGUAUCUCCUACACAUUAAGGUUUUCUCGCCCGGACCUGUUACACAGGAAAUUUUUAUAACAGAAAAUGACGAGGUUGAGCUGCAUGAUAACCAGGACGAGUUCUGGGAUAUUCUCCCAGUUUCAGAGAGUGUUGCUACUAAGAGCAAUUAUAGAAUACUAAAUGCAAAUUCAUAUGGAUUGGGAAAGCUUACAGCAACUCUGGCCUACAAUACUGGGCAUGAUACAAGGAAAGAAGUUCUCAAGGUUGUUCAAGAAGUUAUGGUUUGUGAUCAAGUUAAGUUCGUUAUGGAAGGAGAAGGUGAUGUUUCUAACAGAAUUCUACUCCCAUGGGUACCUGGUGUCUAUCAGGAGCUUGAGCUUAAAGCAAGCGGAGGUUGUGCUAUGUCUUCCAGUGACUAUAAAUGGGUGUCUUUGGACAUGGCUGUUGUGUCUGUAUCUGUCUCCGGCAUAGUUCAGGCAAAGAAGCCCGGAAAAGCAACUAUUAGAGCAGUGUCCAUCUUCGAUCCUUUGAAUUUUGAUGAGAUGGUUAUUGAAGUUUCUGUCCCUUCUUCGAUGGUUAUUCUGCCUAACUUCCCUGUGGAGACGCCUGUUGGGACAUAUCUUCAAGCUUCUGUGACAUUGAUAGCAUCAAGUGGUGCGUAUUUCUAUGCAUGUGAUGCUUUCAGGUCAUCCAUCAGAUGGAAAACCGAGAGUGACUCUUUCGUAAUUGUCAAUGCAACUGAGGAAUUAUUAUUUUUGGAUAGACAAGAAGCUUUUGAACUCAGUUCCUCAUCAUAUGGUCCUCCUUGUGCAUGGACUCGUAUUUAUGCUUCAGAUUCUGGUCGCACUGUGGUGCAUGCAACGUUAAAUAGAGAUAAUCAACAGUCUGACCAUACUGGUAGGGAAUCUAAUGUCUUGAAAGUUUCCUCGUGUAUUGCUGCAUAUUCACCACUUAUCGUGCAUCAGGCGAGUGAUGGGAACCAUUUUGGUGGUUACUGGUUUGAUUUGGCUCGUAUGGAAUCUCAGAAUCAGCUGAAGAACUUGGAUUAUGUGUAUCUUGCUCCUGGAACUUACUUGGAUGUAAUUCUUUACGGGGGACCAGAAAGGUGGGGCAAGGAAGUAGAGUUCAUUGAAAACAUGCAUGUAUUGGAUGGACAGAAUUCUAACGUGAAACAUAAAAUUUUUAUCCAUCAAAUGUCAACCAGCCAUGGUAACCCAUAUAGAAUAGGAUGCAAAAGUUUGGGGUCUUUUAAACUUAUUUUCAGACGCGGAAACCUAUUUGGUGAAGACCAUCAUUUGCCAGUUGUAUCUGAAGUUGAGCUGUCCCUUAUUUGUAGCUUUCCGUCUUCUAUUGUAAUAAUAGCCGAUGAAGCUUGGAAUGCUCAUCCAGUUAUACAGGCUGCAGCUCAGGCUGAACAAAUGCCUGGAGGAAUUCGUGCCACCCCAGUUACAGUAGCCAAUGGACGCAGAAUACGAAUAUCAGCUGUUGGACUCAGUGAUUCUGGGAAAGCUUUCGCAAAUUCAUCUUCUCUCAGUCUAAGAUGGGGAUUAAGUGAAUGUGAAGGGUUGGCACUUUUGGAGGAUUCGGACGGUUCGAAAGCGUAUUCCAGCUGGGAAAGGUUUUUGGUAUUGCAAAAUACGUCUGGACGGUGCAUCGUGCGCUCCACUGUCAUCGGCUUCGUCGAUUCUCUGAGCCGUCCUGAUUUUUCUAUGAUGCUCGAGAGUUCUACAACCACUCUUACAGAUGCAAUUCAGCUGCAGCUCGUUUCUUCUCUUCGAGUGAGUCCAGAGUUCAGCUUGCUGUUUUUCAGUCCCGAAGCUAGGUUGAAUAUCUCCAUAACUGGAGGGAGCUGCUUCGUGGACACAUUUGUAAACGAUACUGGAAUUGUAGAAGUAAUUCAACCGAUACAUGCUCAUGAGUGUUCACAGCUAACAUUGGCUCCUAAAGGCCUGGGUCCCGCACUUGUUACGGUACACGAUAUUGGACUUGUUCCUCCUCUUUCUGCAUCUUCCACUGUCCAAGUUGCCGAGAUGGACUGGAUUAAGAUUUUAACAGGUGAACGCAUAAGCAUUAUGGAGGGAAGUUUCCAGUCUAUAAAUUUUUCGGUUGGGAUUGAUAAUGGGCAUGUUUUUGACCCUUCUCAGUACAUUUAUAUGAACAUUCAUGUCCAGAUUGAGGAAAAUAUAGUUGAGGUUGUGGAGAACUUACAUGGGCCAAGUUUCACAUUACAAGCUACACGUCUUGGUGUGACAACCAUAUAUCUUAGUGCUAUCAAACCUUCUGGGCAUAAAAUACUGAGCCAACUGGUUAUGCUUGAAGUAUAUGCUCCACCGGAAGUACACCCCAGUGAUAUAUUCCUGGUACCAGGUUCGUCGUAUGUGGUCACAGUAAAAGGAGGCCCUAAAAUUGGUUCACGUGUUCAGUAUGCCAGUACGGAUGAUCAGACUGCUGAAAUUCACAAGUUUUCGGGACGACUUUCUGCAAUUUCACCGGGGAACGGUACCUUAAUUGCCACAAUAUUCGGUGAUGGUGGUAUCAUGCUUUGCCGAGCGUAUGGGAAAGUUAAAGUGGGGAUUCCUUCGUCUGCAGUUUUAAGUGUUCAGAGCGAACAAAUUGCUGUUGACCGCACGAUGCCAAUACAUCCUUCUUUGUCCGAGGGAAAUUUAUUUUCGUUUUACGAGCUCUGUAAGAAUUUUAAGUGGACUGUGGGAGACAAAGAUGUAUUGAAUUUUCAGGUGGCAAACAAAGCACAUGGGACAGGACAAGACCUUAAUUUUAUUCAAGUUCUGCGAGGAAUAUCUUCUGGCAAAUCGAAUGUUACUGUUUCGUUCUCUUGUGAUUACAAGUUACCUAAUUCAUUCUCGAAGUCAGUGUCGUACAGUGCAUCUAUGUCAUUGUGGGUGGUUUCUAAUCUUCCACUUGCUCUUGGAUCACAAGCUACCUGGGUCAUUCCUCCUCACUACACCUCUUCGGAUCUUUUACCUUAUUCUUCACAUGCCUACAAAAAGGGAGAUUCUUCGAGUGAUAAAGGCAUCGAUUAUUCCUUGUUAGGACACUGCAAGAGAAAGACUGAAGAUGUGCGAAACGAUGAUAUAUAUAUCGAUGGGGCUAAAAUCGUUACGAAGGACUCUGGCAAUCUCGCGUGCAUUCAAGCAAAAGACAGGUCAACUGGGAGAACCGAAGUUGCGUCUUGUGUGAGGGUUUCUGAGGUUGCUCAAAUCCGAAUUAUGGCAGAUGAGUUUCCAGUUCACACUUUGGCAGUAGGUGCUGAACUUGAUCUUCCAAUCAAGUAUCACGACACACUUGGAAAUCCUUUUCACGAGGCUUACAACAUCACUCUAUUUGAAGUCAAAACAAACUAUCCUGACAUUGUUUCAAUUGAAGAAUACAAUGGGAAGGUCCAUCUUCAGGCAAAAAGCCAAGGGCUAGCUCUCGUUCAAGUAGCUUUCGUCAGUGAUCCUCGGAAAUCACUCUAUGCAAUAAUUUCUGUCGGUCUUCAGUUGUAUCCUUCGAAUCCAGUCAUUCGUGAAGGAUCUGCGUUGAAAGGGAAUAUGGUUUUGGUAGGUGCUCCUAACGAGAUCCUGACCAAUGUACCAUUUCCAGCAAAAGGAUAUGCUUUCUCUGUUAAAUUUAACGAUGCUCAGGAUACGUUCUUCUUGUUCGACUGUGCAGUUGACCCAGUUAGUAUUGGGUUUACUAAGCCGUGGAAGGAUCCAGACACUGGUAAUUCGUACUGUCUAUUCUUCCCUUACUCUCCCGAACAUUUGGCUCGUUCAUCUCCAAGCGAUGCUCCACAUCAGCAAGUUUCUGUUUCUGUUAAGGCGUCACUCAGAGACGACCAUAACAUUUCCGGUUCUGCCUCUGCACUCUUCAUUGGAGGGUUUACUAUACUCGAAAUGGACAAGAAUGCAUUGCAUCUAAAUCUUACACGAGAGUCCAACAAAAGUGCCUUAACCAUAAUUGGAAACACAGACGUUGAAGUCAACUGGCAUGACAAGAGUCGUCUCUCAGUUAGACCCGUAAUUGGGAAAUAUUUGCAAUACGAGGUCAAAGUUUUGGGGGCUGAGAGAUUACGAGAGCAACUUAUUUUUUCACUCCCAGCAACUGGUCAGAGAGUUGAAAUCAGCGUUAGCUACGAGCCUGAAGAGAGAGAAACAAUUGUUGAACGGGCAAAUUUGCGUUUAUGGGUUGGUUUGUUUGGUUUUACCAUUGUGGUGGUAUUAAUGACGGCUUCUAUCGUAUGUUAUUUCGAUAGACCUGUUAGAACUCAAUCGGUUGUGGCUUUUCGUAGUCCGAGUGUUGCAGCGCCUGUCACACCCGAGCGGAGUAGCCCUGCUGUUGUUAUAAACGAGGAGUCUCCUCGGACCCCACAGCCGUUUUUGGACUAUGUUAGGAAAACUAUCGAUGAAACUCCUUAUUACAGGCAGGAUUUUAGGAGGAGGGCUAAUCCUCAAAAUACAUUCUAGGCUCCGUUUUUCGAGCAACUUUUUGGCUGUGUAUUCGAUGUGUAAUAUUAGCAUGUAAGAGCAACUAUUUUCACUGAGCUAUCUGCUUGUAGACUUUAAAUGUAAUUUUUUCGGUAAUUCGAGUUUCAAUUUGGUAGGAAAUAUUCUGGUAAUUUUUUUUCCUACCAUACUA